AUGGCCACACAGCAAGAGGAAGGGGCUGUUCCUGACUUUCUUCGCAUGGAGGACGCCGGCGGGCCCGACUCCACCAAUCCUCACCGCAGCGAAACCUGGUAUGGCUGGCCCAGCAAACAGGUGGACCCGGUCAACUUGCUGGACGACGAAGGAAGGACCAGGCGGGUGAGGACUCCGGUGAUGGACCUUGAGGGGUUAAUCACGCCUACGGAACUCCACUACGUAGUCCAGCAUUUCGACAUCCCGGAAGUGGUACCGGCGGACCAGUGGACCCUGACCAUCGACGGCGAGGUCAGGAACCCGCUGACCAUCAACUACGAGCAGUUGCGCCGUUACCCGGGCCGCACGGUGCGCACCGUUAUGGAGUGCUCCGGCAGCGACGCCACCUACUUUGAGUACUUCAAAGGCGAGGGCCCCAAGCCCUCCAGGACGCAGGAAGCGAUGAUCCUCAGCGCCUCAGAGUGGACGGGCGCGCCGCUGGCCUCGGUGCUGAACGACGCCGGUCUGACCGACAAGGCCCUGUACAUCCGGGCCGAGGGUUGGGACGAGGGAUUGCCGGCUACCGCCGCCCCGGGCACGGAACCCUUCUUCUACGACAAGGGGCUGCCCCGGCUGAAGGCCCUCCACCCGGAUACCAUCCUGUGCUGGGCCCAGAACGGCCAGUUGCUGGAGCACCUGCACGGGGCGCCGGUACGGCUACUGGUGCCAGGCUGGUCGGGCAACUGGUCGGUAAAGUGGAUUCGCCGUCUGGAAGUCCUGGACCACCUGCCGGACUGCUGGUACCACUACAAUUUCUACUACUACGCGGACUCCCCCGACGCCACGGACAAGGAGUUGAUCACGACCAUUCCGGUCAAGUCCAUGGUUACCCACCCCAACGACGACACCGAAACCCUGCCCCGGGGCACUCACGUAGUGCGGGGAUACGCCUGGAGCGGCGACGGGGCCAUUACCCAGGUGGAGGUCAGCGUUGACGGCGGCGAGACCUGGCGCGCGGCACGGCUGGAGGAGCCACGGGAAAGGUGGAUGUGGGUCAGGUGGUCCUACCUGUGGGAGGCCAAUGAACCAGGGCAAUACCAGGUUAUGUCCCGGGCCACUGACGCCUCGGGCCGCACCCAGUCCCGGGUGCCCCGGUACAACAACAUGCGGAAGAACUUCACCGCCGUAGUGGGCUACGACAUUACCAUCAAGUAG